GCAGUGAACAGUACGACUUGACUGUUUUUAUGAGUAAAUAUUAUCCAGCCCAGCUCAAUGUGACCUCAGCUCCAUUAGACCCAGUGAAGACCACAGACCCACAACAUGAAGCAGGAAGUGACACUGAUGUCGUCCCUGUUACCGUAACAACAGCGUCUCAUGUGACCAUAGCUCCAUCAGCCACAGCAACGACCACAAACCCACAACAGACAGGAAGUGAUUCUGACGCCGUUUUCCCUGUUACCGUAACGACAGCAUCCCAUGUGACCAUAGCUCCAUCAGCCACAGCAACGACCACAAACCCACAAAAGACAGGAAGUGAUUCUGACGCCAUCCUCCCUGUUACCAUAACAACAGUGUCCCAUGUGACCAUAGCUCCAUCAACCACAGAGACGACCACAAACCCACAACAGACAGGAAGGGAUUCUGAUGCCAUCCUCCAUGUUACAACAACAGUGACAACAGUGUCCCAUGUGACCAUAGCUCCAUCGGCGACAGAGACGACCACAAACCCACAACAGACAGGAAAUGAAUCUGACGCCAUCCUCCCUGAAAACCCAAAGUGGGUCAUACUGGGUGCAGUAUUUGGAGUUUUGGGGAGCUGUGUGAUUUUGGUUUCAACUUUUUUCUGCAUAAAAUGGAGAACUGCUAAUUACAACAACAAAAGUUCCCGAUCCAUGGCCAUUGAGUAUGUCAACACACAGAGCAGGCCAGUCAAACCCAGAGCUCACAUGCUGGUUGAAGACGAUGAUAAUUUCUACAGUUUGAUCACCUCAGUGCCCAGCGCCCACUGCUCCACAGAUUUUGCAGAAGUCAUGGGAAACCAAAGCAACAGUGUGAAUGAGAGUGACACAUAUCACCUGUACGACACUAUCCAGAAUGAACCCAGCUCAGGAUCAGUGCAGAACAUUCUCUACGACUCUGUGAAUGUGCUCUGUACUCAGCACUGAUGGAGCUCUGUUAUCAAGAGGAAAGACUAAUGCUGUUUAAAGUCUUGUCAAUUUCAUGAACGCUCUCUAUGAAACCUUACCAAAGCUUGUCAGAGCAGUGGAAAAAUCAGAUCUUAC